UGUAGGCUUCGUCGCCGCCUCCCGGGCCGGGAAGCGAUGUAGGAACCGCCAGACAGUCCCCACCUCUCCCCGGCCAGAGCCCCGCGGCCUGCCGCCGUCGCGCCGCCGCCAUGAAGAAGCAAUUCAACCGCAUGAAGCAGCUGGCCAACCAGACUGUCGGCAGAGCUGAGAAAACAGAAGUCCUGAGUGAAGAUCUGCUACAGAUUGAGCGGCGCCUGGACACUGUGCGGUCAAUGUGCCACCAUUCGCAUAAGCGUUUGCUAGCGUGCUUCCAGGGUCAGCACGGCACCGAUGCUGAGAGGAGACAUAAAAAGCUUCCUCUGACAGCGCUCGCCCAGAACUUGCAAGAGGCUUCAGCCCAGCUAGAAGAGUCUCUUCUGGGGAAGAUGCUGGAGACCUGUGGUGAUGCUGAGAACCAGCUGGCUCUUGAGCUCUCCCAGCACGAAGUCUUUGUUGAGAAGGAGAUAGUGGACCCUCUCUACGGCAUAGCAGAGGUGGAGAUUCCCAACAUCCAAAAGCAAAGGAAACAGCUGGCUAGACUGGUUUUGGACUGGGAUUCAGUCCGAGCAAGGUGGAACCAAGCACACAAGUCUUCAGGAACCAACUUUCAGGGGCUUCCAUCCAAAAUAGACACCCUAAAGGAAGAGAUGGAUGAAGCUGGGAACAAAGUUGAACAGUGCAAGGAUCAACUAGCAGCAGAUAUGUACAACUUCAUGGCCAAAGAAGGAGAGUACGGCAGAUUCUUUGUAACGUUAUUAGAAGCCCAAGCAGAUUACCAUAGAAAAGCAUUAGCAGUCUUAGAAAAGGCCCUUCCCGAAAUGCGCGCCCAUCAAGAUAAGUGGGCAGAGAAGCCAGCCUUCGGUACACCCCUGGAGGAACACCUGAAGAGGAGUGGUCGUGAGAUUGCUCUCCCUAUUGAGGCCUGUGUCAUGUUGUUGCUGGAGACUGGCAUGAAGGAGGAGGGCCUUUUUCGGAUUGGGGCUGGAGCCUCUAAGCUAAAGAAGUUGAAGGCUGCUCUGGACUGCUCCACAUCUCACCUGGAUGAAUUCUAUUCAGACCCCCAUGCUGUAGCAGGUGCUUUGAAGUCCUAUUUGCGGGAAUUACCUGAGCCCUUGAUGACUUUCAAUCUGUAUGAAGAAUGGACACAAGUUGCAAGGUAAGCUUAAAAUGCUCAGUUUUAAAAGUUCAAAGCAACAAUGAAAUACUGUGUCCCGUUUGUAAGUCCUUGGACUCUCAGGAUUCACGGGACACUGAAAUACAUGCAGAAGGGUGUGUCCCUGUUCCACCUGCAUCCAGAGUGAGCAUGCUCAGUAUUGCUACUAUAAAGAGCUCACGGAUUGUGCUGUUGGUUGAACUAGUAUUGCUUCACCACAUUAAUGAAGGAGCUGAUCUCAAACCCCUCUGUGACGGGGUCAUGCGUUAUAGGGUAACUUUGCUACCUGCUGCUUGCAGGUUCAGCUCUUCAGCAAUAGAAUAAGACCCUUAUUGCAGUAAUAGUGUUUUUCUCAGUGUCCACUGUGUGCUAAGCUUUGCCGUACUCCCUCCUGCCAUUCUCAAUAAGCAUCGAGCAUCCAGAAUAGGCACAUAUUCUUGUUAUCUUCAUUCUACAGAUACAGGAACUGGGAAUUGUCAGAGCUGGCAUCCAGAUGGAGACCUUUUUGCCCCAAAGUUUUUACCCAUUCUUUGAUCUUGUCUUCCAUCCUCAGCUUAGCCUGCCUAGUAACAGGACAGUGUAUUUCAGAUGCCGUCAGCUUCUCCUUGGCUAGCCGGGUGACCUUGUUACUUCUCACUUCCUCUCUGGAUUGUCUGAUUCUUCAGUCCUGAGGAAGGACCAGCUAGUUGCACCUCUACCUCUGCCCUUCCCCCUUUA